AUGCCAAAAUAUACGGAAUAUUACGAUGGAGAAAUGUUCAAUUCAUGUACGGCCGAUACGUGUAUUACUAAUUUGAAAUACAAUACUUUUACGGGAUUGCGAUACGCUGCAUAUUGGAAAUCACUUUUUCGAGAUAUAUUUAUGCCUCGAGGCUAUCCGCAAAGUGUUUCUGCCGACUAUUUGAACUAUCAAAUAUGGGAUACUAUUCAAGCUUUUGCUAGUUCUAUGAAUUCAACUUUGGCUACAGAAGCAGUUUUGCGCGGUGUAGGCGUUGGAAAUGAGACUGCAUCAACGAUAGCAGCAGCAAUUGCAUGGUUGCUAAAAGAUGGUAUUGGAAUGCUUGCACGAAUAUUGUUUGCAUGGCUUUAUAGUCCGUGUUUAGAUGCUGAUUGUAAGCAAUGGCGAUUAAUUGCUGAUUGUUUUAACGAUUUAGCAUUUUGCUUGGAUUUAACUACACCAAUUUUUCCGGACUUUUUUAUGCCUAUCAUAUGCUUAUCAUCUGUGGUACGUGCUAUUGUUGGCGUAGCAGGUGGUGCUACGCGCACCACAGUUAUAAAUCAUCAGGCCAUAUCGGAUAAUGUAGGAGACGUUGCGGCGAAAGACGGUUCGCAAGAAACACUGAUCAAUGUUUUCGCCCUUCUUUGUAGCCUAUUGUUGCUUCCUGUCGUUAGUGGAAAUGUCCUUUGCAUUUGGUUGCUAUUCUGCCUUUUUACAUUCAUUCAUUUAUAUGGCAAUUAUCGUGCAGUUAAAUCACUGCAAUUCAAGACGCUGAACCAAUCAUUGCUUCGAAUUAUUGUAAAGAAUUAUAUAGAGGCGAGAAAAACUGGUACUGUCAGUGAAGUGAACAACAAAGAACCGAUACUACACUGGGAUUCAUGGCGGCGUUAUUAUGGAUGUCGUUUAUCGGAUAUAUUAAUUUCGUCGAAUGAACUUUCAUUUAUAUGCUCAAAAUUUACUGUUAUCUGUGAUUUGAAGAAUAACUAUGGUUAUGUAUCAAUGGCUAGUGUAUCCGAUACAUCUGAUCAACUUCGGGCCGCGCUCUGUUUGGAGUUAAUAUUGAAUAUGAGAGCACUUCCCCGACCAGCUGAACUUGACGAAUUUAUUGAGGAACUAAGAAUAGAAGGUUGGCUGAUCAAUAAGCAUCGACUUGUAUUCGACCGAUGGACCUACUCUGAGAAGUAA